ACGGGGUUUCAGAGCGCGUAAUACAGCUGUUUAUUUGUUCUUAUGCACGUUGCCUGUUGACUCACUUAAAUCUCAACAGUUGAUAUGUAAGCGUGAUAUCCUGCCGCACUUUGAGAUUUGAAAUACAGCCUACUUCACGCAUGAUGCGCGUAAAAGACGUCGCUCUCGUUUUGAUUUUCGCCUGCGUCGCGCAACAGUUUUUACAGGUGGACAGUGUGAAAGAUAAACAGAGACGGGGAAGAGCACAGCCCGGUAAAGGGGAGAGAAGAAGAGGUCAGAAGAAUGAAACCGGUCCUAAAGCAUCUGGUGACACAGUGGUCAGAGGGAGAUUUUCCACGAAGGACAAAGCGCAGUGCACGUGGGUCGCGGCAAGUGAGGGUGACAGGUUUCUUUUGGGAGUCACCUGUGCAAACGAGGGAACGGAUUUCGAGUGCAAAUAUGUGGCGAAGCCCACCACUUGUCAGCAAUACUCAUCCAACUCCGAAGCGUACUGGAAGCAGAUCGGCCGUUCGCUGAAGAAGCAGAAAGGGUUAUGUCGCGACUUCACAGCGCGGGUUAAAGCCGUGAUGUGCAGGAGAGCGCCGAAGGAAGCGCACUUCAGAUUGGUGCUCACGCGUUCCUCAUCCGGAGUCCCGUCACCGCCGCCCGGUUCUCCGCCGUGCCCUGGCCGUGUCGAUAAGCUGAAACGGGCCGAGGAAUACUGCACCAGCUCCUGGUCUUCUCUGUGCACGUUUCUGUUCUUGAUGGUUGAGAAUGAUGAAUGCUCUUGAGUUGCAAUCUUUCAACCUUUUUUAAUAGGCUAUGUAGAAUUGAUGGCUGGCUGUAUAAAUGAGAUUAGCCUAUACGUUUUAUAAUGUUUAUAAUUUAUGUUUUCUGUAAUUAAUGUGUUUUUAAAUAUAGUUUGUAGUAACUUGAUUAACUCGAUAAAUGUUAGGUUUGAUUGGU